UCAGAAUCAAAAUUCAAAACAGAACGCAAAUCGCAAUAAAUUUGUUUUGUUCCAUUCUCAUGCAUGGUUUUGAUGGUUUUAGAUCAGGUUUUGAUAAAUUUCAUUUGAAGUUAUCAAGUUAUGGAUGAAGACGAUUAUACGUAUUGUAAAUUUGGAACUCCUCUUCCAGCUUAUGAACAAGAUGAAAUUCCAGCAAAAAAGCCCGUGUCUGUCGAAGACCAAAUUGUGUUGGAUGUCAAUGGUAAACGUCGAUUUCAUGGCGCAUUCACGGGAGGAUUCUCGGCUGGUUAUUGGAACACCGUUGGAUCCGAGGAGGGUUGGAAGCCGACAGAGUUCAAGAGCUCCCGCAAAGAGAAGGCAUCUGCUAGAACACAAAACCCAAUGGAUUUUAUGGACGACGAAGAUUUGGGAGAAUUCGGUAUCGCUCCGCAACGGGUCCAGGCAAAGGAGGAUUUCGCACAUUCGAGUACGAGCAGCGGUAAACGUCGAUUAGAUCGGGGUAACUGGAGCGGACCUAUUCCGGGAGUUCCAGUUUUGAGGACACUGUUGGAACCGGCAAAAGAGAAGACAGCUGUGCGCAUACUGAAGAACAUGGGUUGGCGUGAAGGACAAGGCAUUGGUGAGAGACAACGCAAAUGUGAAAAGCAGAUAGCAAAGAGUCGGAACAGUAAGGAACUAUAUGUCAUGAAGAUGUACGGAUGUGCGAUGCCAGGUUCAGGAGGGCAAGAUAAUACGGAAAACGAUGAUGACCAUGAAAGCGAUGAUUCAUCGGAUUAUGAGAUUACUUUUGCACCAGAUGACUUCGAUCCGCUACUGACUGCUUUCAAGGACAAUAGUUUUGGUCUGGGUUAUUCAGGUCUUGAGCGAUCAACGGUUGGUGAUCAGAAAAGGUUCAAUUUAUUCGACACCCUGGAAAUUGUUGACCGGAACAAUAAAAAACUAUCUAUUCGAGGACAAGCGUUUGGCGUUGGUGCCUUGGAGGACGAUGACGAUGAAGAUGUUUAUUCUAAAGACGAUAUGUCACGAUACGACUUCACCCUGGAAGAUAGGUCAAAAAAGCCAGCUGCAAUUAAAUUAUCUGCACAUCAAGACGAUCAUCUGGAAGGUUUUCGCUUAUCCAGCAAACCAUCCAAAGGGACCAAAAAGGUUUUUCGGAUCAAUGUUUCUGAUAGCUUCACCCCACGAAAUUGGUUACAACGGCGUUCACGUUUUGAUCCUCUAGAUGAAACCAAGGAACAACAGUUUCGGAAAGCUAGCCAAUACAAAGUGCAAGGACUAGGGCGACAUGAUCUGAAUCCUGAAAAACGAGGCCAAGCAUUAGGGGAAAAGCCGCUGGAUAAAUCACUGAGAACCGGAGGUUCCGCUUUGUUAGACAAGAUAAGUAAACAAAGUGACUGCUUUUCUAGAGAAACUGGGCAUAACCGAGAGGAUUCUAAAGCACCGCAACCAAUUUCUGAAAAUAGUAUUGCAACUGCUGAAAGGAAAGAUGCUAUACAGUUCGACCUCAAAUCUCAGUUUGGAAAUAUGGGAUCUACCAAAGAAGGCUUCAAACCAUUUAUAGCAGACCCGGAAAAGCAAAAGAGGUACGAAGAGUUUGUUAUUUUUAAGCCUUCUGAGAAAUUGAAAACCAAGGAAGAAUUACUGAAUACUCUUCAGCCACUUGGAAUGUCGUUGUGGGACCGAGAGCGCGAAUUCAAGGAAUUCGAACAGGCUCAACGUAUGUAUAGGCCACUGGAUGGUUUGAUGUCUGAUCGAUUUGUCACGGAAUCCAGUUUAAUUGCGGAGAAAGAAAAGAUUGAUUCAUCUGAACAGAAGGAAAUUAAAAUGAAACGGUCUCGUACGAUGUGGAAGCCCCAUAAAGACCUUUGCAAAAGGUUCAAUGUAGAGGAGCCAUAUGGAGGCAUGAUGGAAGAGGAGAAAACGAAAUCAAAAUCAAAGUUCUCCGUUUUUGACUACUUAGAGGCUCCUGUAAAUAGAAAAUCCGACUUCGUAACCCCCGUAAUUAUCCCUCAAAAAGGUGAAAAAGACGUCAAACGCUCUGAUCCUGUUCCAAUAAGAACGUCGGCCAAGGAUUUUUUUGCAGAGGUGCAAACUCCUAGCACAAGCUUUGAAAGCUCAAGAUCAAGCGAAACCCUGAAAUCUUCAGCACAUCUGACUAGUUUGGUAAAAUCGGUGAAGCGAACCGAAUUGGAGCAGAAGGUACUGGAAAGUUUGAACAAGAAACCGGAAGAGAAAAAAGAUCUCUUCCAAUCAAUUUUUUGCAGUAGUGAUGAAGAGGAAGAAUCGCUUGACACCAAUCAACCUUCGACAUCGUCGACAAAUGAAGCUGAGAAAUUAAAGCUAGUUGAAAGUUUGGUAGCAAUAAAACCUGCAAGUCAAAUGAACGUUCUGCGUAACCAUUCUCCACCACGUGGGAUUUUCAAAAGUAUAUUCGAUCUAAAACGUCCGGACGGUCAACCGUCCGCUGCAAUUACCAUAGCAGUUUCGGAGGAUUCGUCGUCAAGCUCAGAAAAUGAUAUUACAACGCAAGAUGAGUUUUUUUACGGACCAAAACUGCCAUCAUCAAAUCAGGCCAUAGCCACUACUUCUAGUUCAUCAGCGUCAACAUCGCAGGCUAAUCAAUUGGACGUGAAGCUGCGAGAAAUUGAAAGGAAAGCUGCUGGAUCUAAGAAUAUUAUAGAGGAGUGGGUCGAGAAAGAAAAGAUCUCUUCUAAGAAAAGCAAAAGAAAGAAGGAUAAAGAGCAUAAAAAGUCGAAGAAACAUAAAAGAGAGAAGAAGAAACAUAAACAUAAGGAUAAAAGGUAAUUAAAAGUAAUUGUAUAAUUAAAAACAGUAAAUGCACAUGAACUAAAAUGUCAAGUUCAAAUUUGAAUUAUUAAUGUUUUAUUAAAGGCGUAUUUUUAGGAAAUGGAA